GCCAAGGGCGCCGGAAGCCGCUGUGGGCGCCGGAAGCGUCGCGCAGUGGGGCCAGUCGCCGCACGAGGUCUGGCGGGCUGCGGACAGUCGGGUGAGGGCCGGCAUGGGGCUCCUGAGCGGGGCGGCUCGCUGCCUGGUGCGCGGCGCUGACCGGAUGAGCAAGUGGACCAGCAAGCGGGGCCCGCGCUCCUUCUACAAGAGCCGCGGCACGAAGAGCACCGGCGUCCACGCCCGCGGCGGGAAGUUCGUGGUGGUCAAGGAGAUGGUGCCGGAGCUGGUGGUGCCCGAGCUGGCCGGCUUCAAGCUCAAGCCCUACGUGAACUACCGCGCCCCGGCGGGCACGGACACACCCCUGACGGCGGAACAGCUCUUUCGGGAAGCCGUGGCGCCUGCCGUUGAGAAGGACUUCAAGGACGGGACUUUUGACCCUGAGCGGCUGGAGAAGUACGGCUUCGAGCCCACGCAGGAAGGCAAGCUCUUCCAGCUGUACCCCAAGAACUUCCCGCGCUAGCCGCAGCGCCGCCGGGGCCUGCGAGCCGAGCUCUGCGCUCCGCCAUCCUCACGACCCUCGUCCGGGGUGGGCGCGUGGAGAGGGGCUCCCUCACGUCGUUUCUAUUAAAGACCCUGGCUGCCAUAGCGUUUGUUGUUGGCAUCUGGUCGUUGUGAAAUUAAAACAUGCAGUGACCCAG